CUGUUUUAUUUCGCCGGUCGUGACCUCCCGCAUUCCCUCUCCUCUCCUCUCCUCUCCUCCUCUGACUGUGGCUAUGACCACAGUUGUAGCUGCGCCUUCUUCCUCUUCCCCCUCCCUCUCCUUCUCCCACUCCACUUCCUCGUCUCGGAGGUCGACGUUCGCCUGCUGCCAACGACCUCCACGGUCCCGAAAGCAAUCUCUUAGAAGCGGCGCUUCUCCCCGAGGAAACAGCGAUGAGUCUGAAGGGGUUUCUCACAAGGGAUAUCCGGGGAGAGGGAAGGAUGAGAGAGUGUAUCUUCCGCCCGAUGGGGGUAGAGGGGAGGCGGUGUUUAAGUUAGCCGGAGUGCAGAAGAAGGACAAGGGUCUGGUGUACGAUCUCAAGGAACAUGAGAUGGUCCAAAAUUGGAGAAAGAAAGAGAAAAGGACUGAUGAUGAGGGGGUUGCGGCGUUAAUACAAGCACUGAACCAAGAUAAGAUGCCUGAAGUUGCUCUGAAACUCCUCAUUGAUUUGAAGUCCAAAGGUUUCGUGCCUGGCUGUGCCACCCUUUCAGCUUUGGUGCUUUGUUAUGCAAAUAAUGGCCUCUUUCAACAAGCUAAGGCCUUGUGGAGUGAGAUCAUAAAUAGCUCAUUCCUGCCCAGCAUUGAGGUUGUUUCAGGUCUAAUGGAUGCCUACGCUAUGAUGGGGCAGUUUGAUGAGAUAUCAACAAUUGUUCAUGAGAUUGCCUCCCGGCAAGAUUUUGGCUUCUCCUGCGAGGUUUAUUCAUUAGCAGUCUCUUGCUUUGGGAAAGUCGGACAACUUGAAUUGAUGGAGGACAUGGUAAAAGAAAUGGUUUUGAGAGGUUUUAAGGUUGAUUCCAUGACCGGGAAUGCUUUUGUCAAGUACUAUAGUUUGUUUGGUUCGAUAGAAGAGAUGGAAGCCGCAUAUGGGCGCAUGAAGAAAUCAAGAAUUCUUAUAGAGAAAGAAGCGAUACGGGCGAUGGCAUCUGCUUAUAUAAGCGGGAGGAAGUUCUACAAACUAGGUGAGUUUUUGAGGGAUGUGGGUCUUGGCAGGCGUAACGUGGGCAAUCUUCUCUGGAAUCUACUCUUGUUGUCUUAUGCUGCCAAUUUCAAAAUGAAAAGCCUGCAGCGAGAAUUUAUAAGCAUGGUGGGUGCUGGCUUCUCACCUGAUCUCACUACCUUCAAUAUACGAUCUUUGGCAUAUUCAAGGAUGUGCAUGUUCUGGGAUCUCCAUCUAAGCAUUGAACACAUGAAGCAUGAGGGUGUCAUCCCAGAUCUUGUGACUUAUGGUUGCCUUGUUGAUGCCUACUUGGAGAGAAGGCUUGGAAGGAACCUAUCUUUCGCUUUAGAAAAAAUGAAUGCUGAGAGUGCUCCAGUGAUGUUAACUGAUCCGCUGGUGUUUGAGGCCAUUGGGAAGGGGGAUUUCCAGUCAAGCUCAGAGACCCUGCUAGAGUCCACAAGGCAGAGGGGGUGGACUUAUUCAAAGCUAGUAUCGAUAUACCUGAGAAAACAAUAUAGGAGCAACCAAAUCUUUUGGAAUUACUGAUUAUUUGCAUGUCUUCACAGACUUUAGCAUGGGGAGAGAAAAGAACAAUAAUGCUGGAAAAAGGAACAUGCAUGAUUCUUGUGAUGGCUAAUUUGAUAUUGUGUGCAUUACAACGAACACCUAGGUUUCUAAGACUCCAUGAUCUGACAGGGGAAGUGGCCUUUGUGUUUUGCAUUCUCAGUGACAGAGCAUGAAGAGCUUUCUUGAACUCCUGUAACGAUAGGUGUGGGUUGCUCAGGCUCUUAAGCAUAUUAAUAUUUUGGAUCAUCAGGUUUUCUGGUGAUGUUGCGGAGCUUGGUAUCAUCCAAGAAGGACUCUACAUGAAAGUUAUCUGUUUUGCAACCACAGGCGCAUCAAGUAAGUAGCUGGAGUCUUACUUUGCCGUACCUCCAAACUGACAACUGUUAUUGACAUCUGUUUUUUCCUUAUAAGUUGCCAUAUCACAUUGAAGGGGGGCAGCCUUCCUAUCUGAUAAUUGCAGGUCUUGUGUGCCCUCCACUGUCAGGACCAUUAAUAGAGUAAGUAGUUGAUUUACCAAAAUCCUUGGUUGCUAGUAAAUAAUUGUUUUUAUGUGGUGAUCUGCUUGUAAACCUUGAUACACAAAGAAUCAUUUAAUGUGUGCUAUAUUUUAUAGUGAGGAGCAUGAAGAUUCGAUCGGGGUAAGUUAGAAUGUAAAUUUAUUUUCUCAUGUUCUGUUUCUUAUGCUUCUGACAUUUGAAAAUUAAUGAUUUUGAUCAAGCACCUUUUAUGCUACCAUGUCCCGCAACCAGAGGUGUUUUUCCAUGGUCGGUCAGCUAAAACUACUGGUUAGGGCACGCUACUCUUUAGCCAGGUUAAAAGGAGAAGAGAUGGUAAUUUUAUCACAGGUUAGCUAAUGCUUUUUGCCAUGACAAUCUUCUGUUGAUGCAUAGCAUGUUGAUGUUGGAGUACCUUAGAAAACCUGAGUGGAAGCUGGAGCAAGAGUUGGAAGGGAAAGUUCUAUGUCAUGGAGGAUGUCUUAGCUUUUUUCCAUUUAUAGAUAUUUUCCCAAGAAAAACAGAACCUUGAUGUAUCUUAUUGAUGGUUAGAUUUCUUGUUCAUUUAUAUUAAACCUAGUGAUUAUUAUAAUUGAGAAACAGAAAUACAGUAUGUCAUCCUGCUGAACAGGUUUCCACCUUAAGCCAACCUAAUUCUCUGUAAUCGAAGGACUUAAACAAUCCCUGCCUGCCUCAAGCUUCACUUGCUCAUGUAUCAUGGCACCACUGCUGCAGCAGCCACAGCACCACCAGUACUCCGGCCAGCAAGCCGGUACCUGAGUCAGAUUGAGAGAAUGCGAAAAGUGAACAUACUUUAAUUGGACUGCAAAGGCUAGGGAAUCCCUUCUUAGUAAAGUGCGGAUACUCUGUAGUCACCAUAUUGUUAAGAUCAGGAUCAAGCCGUAAAAUUGUAGAAUGGGUCGGAUUGAUUGUGGAUCGGUCAUAAUUCAUAAGUUUUGUUUUAAUGAUUUCUUUUGAAACUUUUUAAAUAUAAAAGAUGUGAAAAUUGAGAUACAAGUCAACUAUAAAGUAUAUGAAUGGCAAAUAGAAAGCUAUAUAUAAAAAAAGUCUUAAUUUUCACCAACAUAGGCCAUAUAGAGCAUGUCUAAUGAAACAAAUAUUUUGUUGGUUAUUGAAGGAAUUCAUAAACUAUCUUUGUUGGUUAUUCAAGGAAUUCAUAAACUCCUUCAAUUUAAUUACUGCUUUAGAUAGAUUUUAGGAAAGAAAAGACAAUACUUUAAUAUAUGGCUAUAAAUUUUUUUUUAAAAAAAAUGCAUUUUGUUUUGAACUCUAUGAACUUCAAUAACUUGCUUGCUCAUUUUACUACCUGAGAAUUACUGUUGGGAGGUAAUCUAACAGCCACAAUUUUGCAUAUAGAAAAUGGAUGUGCCUAUGAUUUAGUAUGUAAUUGAUGUAAUCAAGUUAGAUCAUAAUGUGUAGUCCGUGAUAUGGAUCUAAAUCUUGUAAUUCUACUGAUCCUGAUCUGUGGAUGGGAUCCAGAAUGUUUAGGGCCAUUUUUAUUAUUUGGAUUGUGAAUUGUAAGAUAAUUAACAACAAUGUUAGUCACCAUCAUAUGGUCCUUCUUCCUUGUGCCCCUGUAGUAGCUGACCUGUAGGGUGAGGCUACAGGGUGCGGAAGGGACCCUGCUGGGCCUAAAGUACGUUACUACAAAGUCCCCUUACCAUGCAGGACUAUCAUGGUGUGCACACAGAGAAGGCCACAUGGUGAUGGCCACAGGAUCUAGGCUUGUCCUAGUAUGCAUGUAUCCACUUUCAUGUUCUUUUCUAUUUUUUAAGCAUAUGCUGGAUCUCAUAUCUAGUCAUCCUUACAAAAAUGUACGUGCUUAUAAUCGCCUAAUGGUACAGUCUGAAAUCUUUUACCUUCUUUGCAGGGAUGGUGUUUCUUGCUUGCUAAAAACUUUUUAGGUCUAAUUCCAGUCAUCAAUACAUGAUUUUUGAUUAUUCUUCCUUCCUCCUAUGUUCGAGGUCUCAGCCAACGAGGUGAAUAUUGAAUACGAAGAUAUCGGCAAGCAACAAGCAAACAUCUCCCAAUUUCAACAUUUGCUGCACUACCGAUCAAUUAUGGUAUAUGAUCUACUGUAAUACGAGUAAACUAAUGAUUGCUGCAAGUUUUGAAGUUUAAUGGAACUCAAAUAAGGAAUAUCCGACAUCUCAGUCAUCUUGUUGACUGUGAGUGCCACCAUGUGACAUAUUAGAAGGUUUUGUUUUAGUAUUUGCACCUUUUACAUUCGUAAAUUCUGUGUUUGAGACUUGGGUAGCUUGUGGAAACAAGUACUUGGUGUAAAAAUUCGAAGACAAUUUUUUCUUGCUGUUUUGGAGAGGCUGCUGCUGCUGCCUCACCCUGUACUUUGAAGGACUAUGGAAUUUCAUGUGAAAGAUUGUCUGAUUUGUUGGAGCCAUACAUAGGCUUCUCAGAAGAUAACCAGGUACCAAAUCUAGAUGUUGUGGAAAGCCCCAUAUCAAAUCUGGAAAUCGUAUAUGAUGGUCUUCUAUGGGCAUGAAGUAGCUGACCUUACAAGAUGAUAUAAUGCUCCAGUCGGCAUCAUAUUACAUUGAUAAGGUGAGUCCAAACUGAUCAAAAUUGCCGUUUCACCUUGGCUUUGACAUCGUUCUUUCCAAAAAUUUGAGUGCGCAAGCAUGCGCGGAGCACACGCAGAAUUGGAUGCAGCUAAUAAGUCCACGAAGGCUUUGAUUUCUUUUUCCA